AUGGAGACCCUGCUUGGUGGCCUGCUGGCAUUUGGCAUGGCGUUUGCCGUGGUCGAUGCCUGCCCCAAGUACUGCGUCUGCCAGAACCUGUCUGAGUCACUGGGGACCCUCUGCCCUUCCAAGGGGCUGCUCUUCGUGCCCCCUGACAUCGACCGGCGGACGGUGGAGCUACGUCUGGGUGGCAACUUCAUCAUCCACAUCGGCCGCCAAGACUUCGCCAACAUGACGGGGCUGGUGGACCUAACCCUGUCGAGGAACACCAUCAGCCACAUCCAGCCCUUCUCCUUCCUGGACCUCGAGAGCCUCCGUUCCCUGCACCUCGACAGCAACCGGCUGCCCAGCCUUGGGGAGGACACCCUGCGGGGCCUGGUCAACCUGCAGCACCUCAUUGUGAACAACAACCAGCUGGGCGGCAUCGCCGACGAGGCCUUCGAGGACUUCCUGCUCACGCUGGAGGACCUGGACCUCUCCUACAACAACCUCCAUGGCCUGCCCUGGGGCUCUGUGCGGCGCAUGGUCAACCUUCACCAGCUGAGCCUGGACCACAACCUGCUGGACCACAUUGCCGAGGGCACCUUUGCCGACCUGCAGAAACUGGCUCGCCUCGACCUCACGUCCAACCGGCUGCAGAAGCUGCCCCCCGACCCCAUCUUCGCCCGCUCCCAGGCCUCCGCCCUGACGGCCACACCCUUUGCUCCACCCUUGUCUUUUAGUUUUGGGGGGAACCCGCUGCACUGCAACUGCGAGCUGCUCUGGCUGCGGCGGCUGGAGCGGGACGAUGACCUGGAGACCUGCGGCUCCCCGGGGGGCCUCAAGGGCCGCUACUUCUGGCAUGUGCGUGAGGAGGAGUUUGUGUGCGAGCCGCCUCUCAUCACCCAGCACACGCACAAGCUGCUGGUUCUGGAGGGCCAGGCGGCCACGCUCAAGUGCAAGGCCAUUGGGGACCCCAGCCCCCUAAUCCACUGGGUGGCCCCUGAUGACCGCCUGGUGGGGAACUCCUCAAGGACCGCUGUGUUCGACAACGGCACGCUGGACAUCCUCAUCACCACGUCUCAGGACAGCGGCGCCUUCACCUGCAUCGCGGCCAACGCCGCCGGGGAGGCCACGGCCAUGGUGGAGGUCUCCAUCGUCCAGUUGCCACACCUCAGCAACAGCACCAGCCGCACGGCUCCCCCCAAGUCCCGCCUCUCAGACAUCACGGGCUCCAGCAAGACCAGCCGGGGAGGUGGAGGCAGUGGGGGCGGGGAGCUGCCCAAAGGCCCCCCGGAACGCGCUGUGCUUGUGUCCGAUGUGACGACCACCUCGGCCCUGGUCAAGUGGUCGGUCAGCAAGUCAGCGCCCCGCGUGAAGAUGUACCAGCUGCAGUACAACUGCUCCGACGAUGAGGUACUGAUCUACAGGAUGAUCCCAGCCUCCAACAAGGCCUUCGUGGUCAACAACCUGGUGUCAGGAACCGGCUACGACCUGUGUGUGCUGGCCAUGUGGGACGACACGGCCACGACGCUCACGGCCACCAACAUCGUGGGCUGCGCCCAGUUCUUCACCAAGGCCGACUACCCCCAGUGCCAGUCAAUGCACAGCCAGAUCCUGGGUGGCACCAUGAUCCUGGUCAUCGGCGGCAUCAUCGUGGCCACGCUGCUGGUCUUCAUCGUCAUCCUCAUGGUGCGCUACAAGGUCUGCAACCAGGAGGCCCCAGGCAAGCUCGUGACCACUGCGGUCAGCAACAUGCACUCGCAGACCAACGGGGCCCCGCCACCCACUCUGGCCAGGGCGCCCAGCGGGGCCCCCACGCAGGUGCCACCCAAGGUGGUGGUGCGCAAUGAACUUGUGCAGUUCAGUGCCAACCUGGCCCGGGGCAGCGACUCCUCUUCCUCCAGCUCCCUGGGCAGCGGGGAAGCCGCAGGGCUGGGACGGGGCCCCUGGCGGCUCCCACCCCCUGCCCCCCGCCCCAAGCCUAACCUUGACCGCCUGAUGGGGGCCUUUGCCUCCCUGGACCUCAAGAGUCAGAGAAAGGAGGAGCUGCUGGACUCCAGGACUCCAGGCGGGAGAGGGUCUGGGACAUCGACCAGGGGCCACCACUCAGACCGAGAGCCACUGCUGGGGCCGCCUGCCGCCCGGGCCAGGAGCCUGCUCCCCUUGCCCCUGGAGGGCAAGGCCAAGCGUAGCCAUUCCUUCGACAUGGGGGACUUUGCUGCUGCAGCUGCGGCAGCUGGAGCGGUCGCCCCUGGUGGCUACAGCCCCCCACGGAGGGUCUCGAACAUCUGGACAAAGCGCAGCCUCUCUGUCAACGGCAUGCUCUUGCCCUUUGAGGACAGUGACCUGGUGGGGGCCCGGGGAACUUUUGGCAGUUCCGAGUGGGUGAUGGAGAGCACGGUGUAG